AAAUUGUUUUUAAAUUUUGAUAUGCCUGUUUUAUAAUAAACGUCCGAUCUGUUGAGCAUUUCAUAAAUAUCAGCGGCAACUCAACCUCCAAACUGAUGAAUUUUUUAAUUGUGACAGACCCAACGAGGUUUUGUAUUCAAAAUAUACCUGUUUAAGUGUCUACGACGAUCUAAAUGUAAUUCGUUGAUGAUUUUGUAAAUGUUGAAUUAUUAACGUAAUGGAUAACCUUGAAGCAACAAGUGAAGCUGCGAAAGCCAUUCGUCCAAUUCAUUCUUCGACAGUACAUAAGAUUUGUUCAGGACAGGUUGUACUUAAUCUGGCCACCGCAGUUAAGGAAUUAGUCGAAAAUGCCCUAGAUGCCCACGCUACCAUAAUUGAAGUAAAACUGCGUGACCAAGGAAUAGAAUCGAUUGAAGUGUCAGACAAUGGGGAUGGUGUCGAGGAAAGUAACUUCGAAGGUUUAACUGCCAAGUAUCACACAUCAAAAUUGCGUGAAUUCACCGACCUGGAGUGUGUCGAAACGUUCGGUUUUCGUGGUGAAGCAUUGAGUUCAUUGUGUGCUCUAUCGAAAAUGGUAAUCACGACACGACACCGAGGUGCCGACUUUGGAACUCGUUUAGAACUAGACGAUCGUGGUACAAUCAUAAAAAAGGAAAUUUGUGCUAGACAAAAUGGUACUUCAGUCCAGCUGACCAAUCUGUUCGGUUCACUACCAGUCCGUAAGAAGGAAUUCACACGAAACAUCAAAAAGGAAUUUGCCAAAAUGUGUCAGAUCUUGCAAGGAUAUUGCCUAGUAGCCACAGGUGUUCGAAUUAUGUGCACCAAUCAAACGGUUAAAGGCACCAAAUCUCUCAUUAUGGCUACAAAUGGUGGUCAUUCAGUAAUGGACAACAUUUCCGCGAUAUUUGGAACGAAACAAGUUUUCGAUGUGUUACAAAUAACACCUCCUGCGGAACUCGACGAGACACAAACUAAAGCCCUUCUGGAGGAGCUUGAUCCAAACUCUAGUAGUGAAAAUGUCGACAGUCUAAGCGAAAUUGAUUUGAAACGCUUCACCAUCGACGGUUGGAUAUCCACUUGUCAUCAUGGAUCCGGUCGGAGCAGCAAAGACCGGCAAUUUAUUUACAUUAACUCCAGGCCAUGUGAACCGAAGAAAAUAUCGAAAAUCGUCAACGAAAUUUACAGUCGAUACAACAGCAACCAAAAUCCAUUUGUCUUCUUGAACAUCAUCGUACAAAGAUCGGAUGUGGAUGUCAAUAUUACACCAGACAAACGCCAACUAUUGCUGAAUAAUGAAAAUGUGCUGCUAUUAGUGCUGAAGGCUUGUCUAUCGAAAACAUUUGAAAAUGUUCCUUCAGUGUUCAAGAUGCAAAAUUUAAAUUUAUCGGCAUCCAGUGCAGCCAAUAAAUCUAAAAUUGACACUGCUCCCAAUGCCAAAAAAUUUUCACAAAUGCUGUCGCAGUGGAAGAAGACUGGACACACUGAUAAUCCCAUCAAAUCGGAGAAAAUCGUUAAACGAAAAGUUUGCGAUGAAGUGGAAAGUAGAAAUUUGAAAAUGCGAAAAAUCCAGGAAUAUCUGAGCCAGAAACAUGACGAAACAAUUCCUAUGUCAGACGACGAGACACUAUCUUCGUCGAUUGAUCAAUCAAUGAUUGAUAGGAGUCGAACGACCGAAAUUGAUUCCAGCUACUUGAAUACGCCUGAAAGUACAAGUACUCCCGAACGACAGCACGAUUUGAAAGUGGAACAAACGUCGCCAUUCAAAAUCAUUGACUCAUAUAAAGGGGUUACUGGUCCAUCGAGGGUCAAAAGUGAGUCGAUUUUAAGUCGAAUAAUGAAAACUGAAGCGGCUGGAACCACUCGCAAAAUUAAUUCACCCAUCAAAGCCGAGACCAAAGCAAAGCCAAAUAAAACUCCAACAAAAGACGUUGAGUCCAUUAUUGGCAAACUAGCGAAUCGACCUGAGUGGGAUUCGGAGGACAACCAAUCUGAUACGAGUUCUCGGUCUGAUGAUGACUUAGAUGAAGACAAUGAAGAGAAUGGGGAAGGCAGUGACGAAGAAGACGAUGAACACAACGAUGAAGAGAACGAAGAAGUUAACGAUGAUGAAAACGAAGAAGGCAGCGAGAAGUACGACAGUGAAAACGACAGCCUUGUCGAUGCUGACCAAAUUGGCUUCAAAACCCAAUGUACGCGUGAUAUGUCUGACGUCGUCUCAACGUCAAUCGAUGAGAUUUCUGAACUGAUGGCCGCAGAGUUAGAAAUAAUCGAACGACUGGAGAACAAGAGCCUGAUGGAUCGAUUGAAAUUCAAAGCAACGAUUGAACCAGCUAAAAACAAACUAGCAGAAGAAGAACUGCAAACGGAAAUAACGAAAAAAUCGUUCUCCCAAAUGGAAAUCAUCGGACAAUUCAAUUUGGGAUUCAUAGUGGUGAAAUUGAACGACGAUCUCUUCAUUGUCGAUCAACAUGCCACCGACGAGAAAUUCAAUUACGAAACACUGCAAAAAGAGACCACUUUGUACAAUCAGAAGCUAGUAGUUCCACAGCAUUUGGAACUGACGGCAGUGAGUGAAAUGAUUUUGAUUGACAAUUUGGAAGUGUUCGAAAAGAAUGGUUUCAAAUUCCAAAUCGACCAUGAUGCCCUGCCAACGAAGAAGAUUCAACUAACUGCCAAGCCAAUGAGCAAGGGUUGGCAAUUCGGGAAAGACGAAAUCGAUGAACUAAUAUUUCUCCUCCAAGAAUCGCCAAAUUCGGUUCUACGACCGUCGAAAAUCAGCGCUAUGUUUGCUUCACGAGCCUGUAGAAAAUCGGUGAUGAUUGGGACACCAUUAUCGGGAUCUGAUAUGCAACGACUGAUCAGUCAAAUGGGAGAAAUCGAACAUCCCUGGAAUUGUCCUCAUGGCAGGCCAACGAUGAGGCAUUUGGUCAAUUUGACAAUGGUCAAUGAUUCUUCUGCUGAGGAUUCAUAAAAUCUAGCAUUUCACACUGCUGAUGUAAAUAAAUGACGACAAAUACAGAUGUGAGAGGACUCUAAA